AUGCCACCAGCCAAAGGAUCCACUUUUUUGGUACAGGCUGUGCGAGGCGGAUGUCUAGGACUGUUACAGGAUUUGACUGAGGACGAAGUGGGCCAGAGGGAUGAGUACGGCUUUACUGCGCUGAUGUAUAAUGCACUACUGUAUGAAGAAAUACUUGACCCCAUACUGCUCAACGAGGCUGGUAUUAGAUCUGGUGAGGGAAAGUUUGCGCUCCUCUACGCAUUGGAGAAGCGGCACUUCGGUAUAGCAGAAGCACUCGUACCCACGGAAGGGCUACUCGCUGAUUCGCAUGGCUAUCCUUCGAUUAUCUACGCCAUCAGGCAUGGCUGUGAAAAACUAGCUGUAAAGCUCUGGCAUGCGCUCGUGUCCAGUGGUACACAUCCAUAUGACAUUGUUACUGACGAUGCCAAAACGCUUUGCAUGUGGCUAGCGGAAUACGGUAUGCCAACUCUACUCCGAGAGUACCUUAAAGCGGACGGGGUGCUCUAUGCCACAUACUGUGACCUACACGGGAGAACAGCGCUCAUGUAUGCUGCCCGAGCAGGUCACAAAGACUGCGUGAGAGGGCUUCGGUUUUUCUGUCCGCUUGCCCGUGACUGUGAUGGCAUGAACGCUCUGAUGCACGCUGCGCAGCGAGGCAACGCAGACUGUGUGGAGGCAUUGCUAACCGGCUACGCAUCUACGCUGGAUAUAGGUGAGACUUGCAUAGAAGGGCAUAAUACUAAUGUCAACUUAUUUCUAGGCAUGCAGGACAACACAGGCAGGACGGCCCUCCAUUAUGCCAUCUUUGCGGCCUCCUCUCCGUGCAUACGCCUUCUCAUCCAUGAACGCGGCAUUGUGGACGUCUAUGGAUACUCUGGGGGCCUCUAUUUAUUUAGAAAUUCCAUUUUACAGAUAUAUCUCAGAUUGAUGAUGGUUUCAAAAAAGUGCGAUGAUGUGCACAUAGCCUCCAUUGUCUCUGUAGAGGAUGUGAUACGCGAAGUGCGAGAGCACCUAUUACACAAGUCCCGUGAGUUCCAGAGAAUAUUGUACACACUUGUAGACAUUUUGUUUGCUGCGUUGAUGGGAGACGACGAACUUUUCGGAGAACAUGAAGAAAAAGAGCGCACUAGCCACAAAUUUCGAGCUAAGCGCGAGACCUCGAUCCAAAAGACAGGAAGGUGUACUGUGCGGAAUCUCGAGUCUAUCUUUGAUCGUGUACCUAUGGACCCCUCUGUCUUAUGCUGCAUCUGUAACGUGCGCUUAUCGUCGUAUGUGUUCUAUCCAUGCAGACAUGUGUGUGCAUGUUCCGUCUGCUUUUCCACCAUUGAGGAUUCCUGCCCUCUCUGCUUCAAGACCACUUAUCACGCUGACAGACUGCAAUUAGAGGGGGAGUAG